AUGGACGCUGCAUCCCUCUUCGAUGUUAAAGGUAAAGUCGUGCUGGUCACAGGCGGUGCCAAAGGAAUUGGUCGUAUGAUCUCCGAGGGAUAUAUUGUAAAUGGCGCAACUGUGUAUAUCACUGCUCGAGAUAUCAAGACUUGCGAGGCAGUCUGUCAAGAGUUGAACGCGCUUGGAAAAGGCAAGGCAUAUGCCAUCCAAGCGGACCUAUACAAAGAAGAGGACUGCAAGAAACUCGCCGAGGAGUUCGGAAAGCACGAAUCGAAGCUCAAUAUCCUUGUCAACAACGCGGGCUCCAAUUGGGGUGCUCCUUACGACGAAUAUCCAUCAUCUGCAUGGACUCGUGUCCUUACUCUGAACCUUCACCGUGUGUUCAAUGUCACGCAACUUUUCACUCCGUUCCUUGAGAAGGGAGCUGGCGAACUGGACCCAGCCAGGAUAAUAAACAUCGGAAGCGUUGAUGGACUACGAGUUCCAGCACUGGAGACGUUUGCCUACAGUGCUAGUAAAGCUGGUCUCCACCACCUAAGUAGGGUGCUAGCAAACCAUCUAGGAAGGAGGAAUAUCACAUCAAACACUCUUGCUUGCGGUCCAUUUCAAAGUAAAAUGAUGAAGGCAACUCUAGACAAGUUUCAAGAGGUGAUUGAAGCUGGGAUCCCACUUGGGCGUAUAGGCACUCCACAGGAUGUUGCUGGUGCUUGUCUGUUCUUGAGCAGCCGCGCUGGAGCAUACAUCAACGGCUCAACCAUCACAGUAGAUGGCGGAAGCGUCAUUGGAUCGAAGCUAUAA